UUGACAAAAUACAGCUUGGUUGGAAAUGAUGUGCUGUAAUUUUCUGUUUACCCACCAGUGAGAGAUUGUCAAGCAUAUUUUCAUCAUCAUCUUUAAGAGUAAUAAUAUUAACAUUCUUGUAGAUAAGCAUGUAAAAUUUUACUUAAUGAAUAUUCUUAGUUUAAAAUUGAACAGUGACAAAAUGAAAUGAUAAAGACAUGCUUAAAAGUUUCUAAGAGUGUUAUAUAUUAUAUAUAAUAUAUAUUUAUUAUAUAAUAGUUGAAUAGUUUUUUACUAUUUAAAAUAACUGUUUUCUUUUUGAUUAUAUUAUAAAAUGUAAUUUAUUCCUGUCAUUUCAAAGCUGCAUCAUUACUCCUGUCAUAUGAUCUUUUAGAAAUCAUUCUGCUGUUUGCAGCUCAAAAACAUUUUUCAUUAUUAUUAUUUUGAAAAUAGCUACGUAGAAUUUUUUUCAUGUUUCUUUGAUGAAUAGAAAGAACAGCAUUUAUCUGAAAUAGAAAACUUUUGUAACAUUAUAAAUGUCUUUAUCAUCACUUUUGAUCAAUUUAAAGCAUCCUUGCUAAAUAAAAGUAUUAAUUAAUAUAAUUUUUCCCUCCAAAAAAUACAGACUACAAGCUUUUGAAUGGUACAGUGUAUAAUUUUUCAAAAGCUUUUUAUUUUUAGAUAAAUGCUGUACUUUGGAUCUUUUUAUUCAUCAGAGUCCUGAAAAAAUAAACUCAACUGGUUUAAAUAUUGAUAAUAAUAAAAAAAUGUUUCUUGAGCAUAUUAGAAUGAUUUCAGAAGGAUCAUGUGACACUGAAGACUGGAGUAAUGAUGCUAAAAAUUUAGCUUUGAUCAUAUUCAAAUAGAAAACAGUUAUUUCAAAUAGUAAAAAUAUUUCACAAUAUUACUGCUUUUGCUGUAUUUUGGAUCAAAUAAAUGCAGGCUUGGUGAGCAGAAGAGACUUUUUAAAAACAUUAAAAAUCUGGUAGCAUAUGCUUGUAUAAUAUACAAAAGAACAUUCACUCUGAAAUGUCCAGCAUUUUGCUUUUUGGUUUGUAUCUGUGACUAUCGUAUUCCCCCUCUCUCAUGAAAGAGAGAGAUCCUGUCGCGUUCUCUCUCCGUCUGCCGCCGUGGAGUGAUUGGCUGUGUUCUCAAACAGCUGCGCGAUUGCGCUCCUGUCAGGAGAGGUAGGGAGGGAUGACAGCAUGACAGAGCGAGAGAGAGAGAGAAAGGGCGGGCGGGAGAGAUCUCCAUUCACCAUUCCACGCUGCUCCCCGAACCCCCUUUUUUCCCGCUCGUGCUGCCGUGGAGGGAUCUCUUUAAUUGCAUUCCAGAGGAAUUUCUCUUGCAGCUGGUGUUUCAACUGACGGGAGCGAGUGGGAAUUGUGAAUGACUCUGCCUGGAGGAAAGAGGGAUUUUCAGUGAAAAAAGCAGAGAGAGAAAAUAAGUUCUUUUGGAAGAGGCACAGCAACUCUUUUGUCAUUCGUCUCUUGCAGAUAAGGGACCCCUCGUCCUCAUUUCUCACACGCGCUUUACUGCGACGGUUUGACUGUCUGGGGAGCUCGCGAGGCAGCGUAUGUAAAUAAAGCGCAGGGUUUCUAUAGGCUGGGCAGACUGCCAGAAAGUAAGACCCUUCAGGGCUUUCUCUCGCCGUCUCUUUGUGGGGAGAAGCGCACCCUGACUGGAUCAACAAGUCGGAAGACGGACAGCUCCUCAAAUCAUCAGCGUGCGCAGGCGAAAGCAGGAGAGCGUUUACGAGCGCUCGGUGCAAGUCAGACAACACAGCCUGGAGAAAGACUAGAAGACGGACUGUUCUUCAGCGUGGACGCGUGCGUUCGCAUCAGUGUUUAUCUUCUGCGUCAGAAAUCCCAGAGUCUUCCAAUGCGCCCGAGCGGGUCUCUGUGUGACAUGUUAUUUUUCUUAACAGAUUGAGCUCGUUCCAGAAUUGGAUUUGGAUCAGAGAAGGGGGAGGACUUGGAUCUUGUGUCUCCCACUUUUCCCGCUUGUCAUUUCUGCUUGAAGGAUCCUUGCCCUGCACACGAAGACAACCGCCUGAGACUUUGUCUCCGCUGUGGUUUCUGCUCUUAAAAGUCUAAUUUGUUUUUUGGGGGUCUCCUUUGUCUCGACGGCUCUGCGCUAGUGGAGUGAAGCCUGGCUGAAUUGAUCUUUUGUCUGAAUCUAGGGUUCUUCUCACGGUGCGAAAACCCCGCAGCCCCCCACUCCGACCCCUCUAAAUCCCCUCCUUCCAUCUCUCCCACAUGAGUCCCCUCGAACCCUUCCUCCCUCCACUCCCACACACCUCCUCAUCUUCCAUCCACAUGCCGCUGCGAUCGGCGAGCAUGUGAAAGCGGUGUGCAUGUGUGCCUCUGUUUGCAUUUGAGGCCAGAAAGCGUAAGCCAGGAUUAGGUGUGCGGAGGGUGAUGCGUUGCUGGAUGCAUCUGCAGUUGACCGAUUCUGGACCGUGUGGACCCGAAACCAUUCCUAAGGGAUUCUGCAAACACUUUACAACCAGAGCAUCUUUAGAAGAGGAGAGAGGUGGAUAAAGACGCCAUCGGCGUAUCCCGCCAUGUCCGAAGUGUGAUCGCAGCGGUGUGAUAUCAGAGCUGCGUUAAUCAUGAAAAAAACACACGUAGCACCACUCUACGACGGGCCUGGCCCAGUUCUGAAUUCUCGGACCGGGCCUCCGAUCGCACGCUCACGGAGUGAGAAGGACUACCGGCUCCAUAAACAUUAUCCUAAACACUUCAUCGCUCACUGCCCUAGAGGAUUCAUGAUAGCAGGUGAUGUGUCUCCCAUCAGCAUGUCUCCCAUCAGCCAAUCCCAGUUCAUCCCACUGGGAGAAAUCCUGUGCCUGGCCAUUUCUGCCAUGAACUCCGCCCGUAAGACUGUCACGCAAGAGACUCUCAUCGAACACCUAGCAACAUGCUUCCCAGGCGUCCCCACUCCAAGUAUGGAGAUUCUGCGGCACACGCUCAACAUGCUGGUCCGAGAGCGGAAGAUCUACCCCACCCCAGAGGGUUAUUUCAUUGUUACCCAGCAGACAUAUUUCAUCACGCCUUCCCUCAUUAGGACUAACAGCAAGUGGUACCACCUGGACGAGAGGAUACCGGAGCGAAUGCAGCAGCAGCAGCAGCAGCAGCAACAGCCGUGUACCUCUCCUCACUCGAGUACCAUGACACCCUCCACAUCUGGAUGUGUCCGGGAAAGACCUCACCACAAGAACCACAGUGACUCCUACAACAACAGCUACCGGGAGGAUAUCCCUAGUACGCAUACCUCAACUUUACAGAGAAGGUCUAAGGAGCAUAAAGAGUCUUCUCCUGUGUCUCCGCCCCCUCAGCAGCCAUCAGAGAAGAGCAAGAGCUCGCUUAGUUUUCCGUUUAAAACCGAGACAAACAGUAAACACAAAGACGGAAGCAGCAGCAGUGGGGAGAAGCAGUCAAAGAAGUUCGGCCUGAAGCUGUUCAGGUUGAGCUUCAAGAAGGACAAGACGAAACAUCUAGCCACGUUUUCAGCCCAGUUCCCACCUGAGGAGUGGCCAUUGCGGGACGAGGAGACACCCAGUACUGUUCCUAGAGAGGUGGAGAUGGAGAUCAUCCGUCGGAUCAACCCAGAUCUCACGGUGGAGAACCUGGCUCGCCACACAGCCGUAAUGAAGCGGUUAGAGGAGGAGAAGGCGCAGCGGAACAAAGCGAACUCUUCGGCUCAGCAGAGCGCCCGCAGCAAGAGGAGCCGCAGCCAUCGGAAGGCCCAGCAGGGCAAGGCCUCGCGUUCCCACAGCAAAACACGUGCAUCCAGGGGGGAUCCAUCUGAAGGAUCCAAUCUGGACAUAUCCUAUGAUCGGGAUUACAGAUUCUUCAGCUCCUCGUUGGUACGUUCCCCGCGCGAAACCAUGAUGUCCAUGGAGCGGAAUAGGGGGAAGUAUAUGGUUCACAGCAACCCUAAUAUUGUGGAGUCUCACUUUACCACCGCUCCCGAGUGGGAUGUUUCUGGGGAACUGGCAAAGCGGAGGACAGAAAUGCCAUUCCCAGAACCUUCUAGGGCACAGUCACAUUCCAAAGUCCACCGAAGUCAUAGUCAUACGCAAGAGAGAAAGUCACGAAAUGAGAGGUCGGACAAGGCCAAAGAAAGGUCACGGUCCAUGGACAACUCCAAGGGACCACUUGGUGGUGCAUACUUAGCUGGCCCUGAGGACUUUGAGUGCAGUCCCGAUGACAGGAGUCGGUACUACACUGACGAUGGUACUUUGAGGGCAUCUGCGCAGGCGACCCACUACUCCCGCAUCAUGCUCUCUGCUGCUAGAUUACACUCUGACGUUUGUGUGCCUGAUGUUGGAAGAGGGUCCUCAGAGGAUGCUGUGCUUUACCGGACGCUGGAGAAGAGUAAAAGCAGGGAUAGUCUUCCCGCUUACAAUGACCUGAAGUCUUGCUCUCCCAAAACGCCAGUAGAUGACUAUUUCCAGUGCACUGCAGCAAAUGAAGUCUCUCUCUCUGCCCCACCUUCUCUUGCAAAACCCAGCCAUGACUUUACGGAUAGCGUCUGGAAGGGGAUCUCCUCGGACCGACUGACCCCUCAUCUUACGCCACCUCACCCUAUAGAAUAUAAAGAGGAGACAGCAAAGGGACAAGGUAGUAUUUCUAUAGCGUCAACGAGCCAAACUCCCGAGCAUCUCCCCAACGGACGAUUGUUGCACCAACUCAAUCCCGACUCAGGUGACUUGGACAAAAUGCCAGAGGUUUACAGCCAAGAGACUUUGUUUAAACCUCCCGACUAUGUGGAGAGCAGCUUCUCAAGGCCAGGUACGAUAGGUAAGUCCCCUCACACCAAGUCGACAGAGGUCCUGGAGACUCAGGAGCAUUUUGAUUCACCUCUACCACUGACCGUGCCACCAUCCUCGGCUCAGGAGCAGGCUUCGUGCGCAGAAACCACCUUCGACUAUUACAACGUGUCGGAUGAUGACUCUGAGGAGACUAGUCAUAAGAACCGGGUGGAGGAGAAAGUUCUAGAAGAAGGAGGGACAAUGCAAUGGCUGCUGGAACGGGAGAAAGAGCGUGAUUUGCAGCGCAAGUUUGAGAAGAACCUUACCUUUCUAAGUCCCAAGGAAGGUGAGAGCAACAACAGCCAAAAAUCAGUCCAUUCUACCCGAUUGGACAGUAUGGACUCCAGCAGUGUGACUGUGGACAGUGGAUUUAAUUCCCCACGCACGCGGGAAAGCCUCGCUUCGAACACCUCGAGUAAUGUGGAAAAUAGCAGGCGCCAGAAUAUGGCUUUGAGUCCAGGACACAUUGGCACCAAAAGACCCCCGCCGCCCUACCAGCCCCCCAGCUUCCGUACCAUCCGUGAGCCGCCCGCCAACCGCACGGAGAAACAGGCCUCCAUCACCAGCGUGUAGUGAUGGGGACCGCCGUCAAACCCAACUUCACCAGGACUGUUAACAAUCGUACAGACAGGACCUUCUGAGCUUGUGUUCCUGCUGUUUUCAAAUGUAGACGUGUUUCAAAAACACUUCAUCAUGAUUCACUGGAGGUAUCUUUUGCUUUUUUUGUAUUUGUAACAAAUACUGCUGCAGACAAACAAGUCAUUAGGACUAAAUUUACGCUGAUCUACGAUCUGUUUGGGAUAAAAUCCUCGAUCAAACUCAUUUGUAGGUGUCCUUUAUAGCUUAAUGUAUCCACUACGGGUCUUAACUGUCUUCUGAUCCAAACUUGGCUGCGUUGCCUCUGCCUAUUCAUUCAUCGCUGUGUCUAGUGUUUCAUUCUGUACGCUCAGGUCCCUCUGAACUCUACUGACUUAGUGUCUCAUAUUUGCUGGCCAAAAUUUGAAGGCCAUGAUAAUCUCCCUGGAAAUCCAAACAAGCUCAUCUGUUUCUGCUGGAAUCGUUUUACCGCAUCCUUGUGUAUCGUCCACCGUCCUGGGAUUUCUCGGGGACGUUUAUGUAGAAUCUUAACAAAACACACCACCAUUAUGGCAUUAUUUGUUUAUAAAAAUACCAAUUUAAAUAUUACUGGUGCUUUCUCAUUGAAUGGACCGUUAUUCUUUAAAAAAAAAGAACAAAAAAAACUUGGAAUCCAUUUUUCUUUCCAGAUUUUCUCUUUUAACCAGGUGCUCAACUACUAGACGACACAGAAUACACACAUUGCUACCUCCACUAUUUGUACAGUCGUAGAGGGAGACAUGAGAGACGUCCACCCCCACCUUAGGCCCGCUGUAUUAGACAAACCACUAUCAGCUUGCAAACUGUGAAUGUACUGCUAGUGCUUUUCAAUCACAUCUUCAUCAUCAAGCGUUAGUAACCUACUGUUCGCAUACUAAUAGAGCCAAAUCUCAUUGUAAUAGAGAGGAGACUUGUGUAGAGUUUGGAAUCAUAUAGGACCCAUAUAGAGUGGAUAAUUUAGAACUUCACAUCUCUGAUAUGUCCAGCCAUGUUCAAUAAUUUAUUGUUAUUAUGAUUAUUAUUAUGAUUACAAUUAGGUUUUUUUCCAGUUCUUUUAGUACACAAAUUCAUGGUAAGCAUUAGAACAAUAUUGCACUGAUUCUUGAGUUAUGGGGCAAAAGCAAAUUAAAAAAGUUACGGUUUCUACAAAAAUAUUAUUUGCGUAAUGACAUUUUAAAAUAUAUUUAAAUAGAAAAUGUGUUAUUUUAAAUAGUAAUUUCACAAGAUUACAGUUUAUAUAUGCAUAUGAUGUUAUUUAUUACCUUUCCAUAAUUUGACAUCUCUAUCAUAAAGAUUGCAAUAAAAAUGUUUUGGAUUUUUACAUAAUUUCCUACCCAUCUUCUUUAACGCAGAACGGAAGUAAGUCUAUGGGUGAGACUUCCGGUUCAUUAGCCACUAUAAGGAAAUAACGAGAGGAAUAACAACGUGCAGUAAACGAUAAAACUUUGCACUACAAACCACUGUGUUCAUAAUUAAAAUAAUACAUUAAAAUAAUGGCAAGACACACCAGUUUUCAAUAUCAAGCAGCAAAAACAAGCUGUUUUGUACAGCUAAAAAAGUAUUUUCACGACGCGGCCAUAUUGGUGGCACUGAAUGUAAACAAUGCCACUGAACCGAAAGAAACUCGCAUAUUUUGCUGAUUAUUCUUCUUGAAACUGGUCAGUUAUUGUCAUGUUUUGGCACUUUACUAAUCGGUCAGACCGGAAAAAAUAUUUGGAGUACUACUGACUGCCAAAAGUUAUAACAAAUCAAGGGGAAGAGUGCAAAAAAAUGUCUUGAGGAACCAAAGGUGUUUAUGGUUAGCCAAACUGAACCAGGAUUUCCAGGUAGGUGAAAUAUUAGGCUAAUAACUUAAUUAAUACUGCCGGUAUGUAUCUUUACCACCUAUUAACUUUUUAGUUUGUCAAAAUAUUGUGCCCUUUAUUGCUUACUAAGUCCUUCUCUAUAUGAUUUAGCAGCUUCCACACGUUUUUUCUGUAGUUUAGACAACAUAAAUUAGCAGAACAACUAAUUCAGUAGUACAUUAACCGCAAUCCAUGCUGUUAUUUACAUGCGAGUAUCGCCAAUACGGCCGCGUGUCUGCUGACCAAAGCUUGACGUAAGUGCAAACCCUCUAUAGAAACCAUCACAGAAUUAUAUUGGUUUCAAUGGAAACUGUAAUGGUCCCAGUGGGUUUCUGUUGGUAAUGGCGUUCUUAUGAGGAAAACAAAGUGGAUUAGAAUACUACAAGCAACACUAGAGAAACAAAGUGGCUACUCAGUUAAUAUUCAGUGUCCUAUUUUCUUCAUUCUUAAAGUUGAAUGCUAAAUGUGUAAGUAUUUAUGACAAAUAUUUGAUGAGUCAACAACCUACCUUGUUUUUAAACGCGGAAGUAAGCCGCUUUCUGUUAAUGGACUAGAUCUCCGGUUCAUUAGUCGCUGUUGGAAAUAGCGAGAAAAAUAACAAAAGUGUAGUAAACGGUAAAACUGUUUGCACUACAAGCCAGUGUGUUCAUAAUUAAGAUAAUACAUUCAGAUAAUAUGGUAAGACAUACCAGUUUGCGAUAUCAAGCAGGAUGAGACCGGAAGCCUUGCACAUACCAUUUACAAACGGCCGCUCGCGCCCGCUCUUACGGGAAAAAUGUGACCCUGGACCACAAAACCAGUCUUAAGUCGCUGGGGUUUAUUUGUAGCAAUAGCCAAAAAUACAUAGUAUGGGUCAAAAUUAUUGAUUUUUGUUUUAUGCCAAAAAUCAUUAGGAUAUUACAUAAAGAUUAUGUUCCAUGAAGAUAUUUAGUAAAAUUCCUACUGUAAAUAUAUCAAAACUUAAUUUUUGAUUAGUAAUAUGCAAUGUUAAGAACUUUAUUUGGACAACUUUAAAGGUGAUUUUCUCAAUAUUUUUAUUUUUUUGCACCCUCAGAUUCCAGAUUUUCAAAUAGUUGUAUCUCGGCCAAAUAUUGGUCUAUUAUAGCAAUAGUUUAUUAUGUAUUAAGCUUUCAGAUGAUGUGCAAAUCUCAAUUUGGAAAAAUAUGACUGGUUUCGUGGUCCAGGGUCACAAAUAAGGUGGGUACAAAAUAAUUAUUUGCAUAAACUUUUAUGUUCGUUGCCUGGUUUUGCCCCAAUAUAAGAGAAUCAGUUAUUUCUAAGUUUUUAAAUAAGUUAUUAAAUUAUAAGUCUGAAAGAACAGCUUUUUUCUUUUGUGAAACGAUGUUCACUGCUCCAUUUAGUGAACAUCUGUCAUAUUCAUCCGAGUCCCCUCAUGAGUUCUAGAGGACUGUAAAAUGUCACGCUCUCCAAUAAAUGGAUAAACUGCAGCCAGGACUACCUUGUUAUACCAUUUUUGCACUAAUGCCUGUUCUCUGGUGACUGUAAAAAGAAAAAGGAAAAAAAAUCAUCCGAAUGGAUGUUCUGUUUAUAAUGAACAUAUUUCAUACGAAAUACUGAUAGUCCAUGAAAUGUCUUCCCUAAACAUGAUGGAUUUCUUAUGGUUCUCAAUAACAUUGUUCCUUAUUGUGACAUUAUGUCAUUCUGUAAGAGAUGGCCUAUCUGUCGAGCUGAGUAUAAAAACCUACAAGGGGGAUUUUUUGGUAAAGUCUAUAAUAUUUAAAAAAGAAAUUCCCUGUUUGUGUAGUUGUGCUGUUAAAUGUUUUAGUGUACUAAAUCCCUCCCUUGGGGAUUGUGUAACUUUUUAAGACAAUAAAAUAACAUGACAU